CAAGCUCUUCCGCCUUCCCACCUAGGCCAGGCUGCCUUCUCAUGAGCUGUUGACGAUUUAUUUAAUCCUCUUCGUCCCGAAAUUCAUCCUGCCGUCAACUACAGAAGUUCUGCCUACGUCUCCCGACUGGAAAUCGCAAUGUUUGUACUGCGGAAUGUGGGAAAGCUCAUAUUUGGCUCCAGCAGCCAAGAGUCCAUGAUCGAGCUCCCCCAAGGACAACUCUACCUUGUUCGACCACUCUCGCCCAAAGGCUACUCCGAACUCAUCUUCAAGGACGCCGCUGCCCGCAUCCGCAAGACCGGGCAAGACUUCCACUACCAGCUUGUCGUCCAGCGUGUCUACGAGGAAGGCGAAGCCGAGCUUCUCGAGGACGAGGACGGCGAAGACGGCGAGGCCGACGUCUUGGACACCGAGCGUGACGAGAAGACCUUCCUACUCGACGAGGCCUUGCAUUUCCGUGUCGAGAGCAGGGAAGGAAGCGAGAAGGUCCUUGCCUGGAGGGACCUGAGCGGCGACGCCGGAGACCUCUACGAGUUUGUCUGCGAUCCCGGUGUCCAGUCGAGCCAGGUUGAACAAUUCUUCCUCAUCGCGAGGCAGUGCCAAUACGAACGCAGGUACCGCAAGCCACACACUACAGCCUCGGACGAGGAUCUUGAGCGCUUCGAGUUCCACGAACAAGCAAUCCCUCCGGCCAGUCCGAUCCACAGCCCAUCGCUUACGAGGUCUAUUGAAUCCUCCGACUCCAUGUUUCUAAGUAAACACGCACCCAACACGGGUGCGAAGAGGAAUAAGGUUGUCCAACCUGACCCCGAGGCGACUCCCACCAAAAAAGCGAGGGACCCCAACCCGCCCAAAGUUUCGGAGACUCCCGAGGCGCGGGAGAUUCUGGCCCUUGAGAAUUGCGAGCUUCACUUCUUCGACUUCCCCUCCGGCGCAUUCGUUCUUCAAAAUGCAGCUGUCACGGCGACAGUUUCUGAGGUGGGCAAUUGGCAGUACUGGCUCCAGGUUGGAAACAACGACCGGGACUGGCUGGGGAUCCCUGUCACUGCCGACAUCAACCCGGUGUUCAACUUUGAGUUCCUCUCGUUCAUCUUCAAUCAGUUCACUGAAGAUGGCUCGGCCUACUCUUGGCUCUUGCGGUUCAAGGACCAGCCCACCCUCGAGCGCUUCCAGGAAGGCUUGCUGCGGGCCCUGUGGGAGCAGUUGAAUGAGAUCAAGUGGGCCAAGGUCAAGGAGCGCGAGCGCGACUAUGUUACUGAUGCCUUCGCCGACUUGACGAUGGGUGACGCUGAUCAAGCUGAAGAGUCCGAGGAGGAAGUCGAGGAGGAGGAAGAGGAUCAGGAUGACGGUGCCAAGUCCGAGCAUUACGACAGUGAUGAGGAUGAGGAUGACGUUGACUUCCAGCCCAAGGACGGCGAGGUCAACAAGCAGAUCGCCGUCGGCUACAAGCACGACCGGUCGUUCGUCGUCCGUGGCUCCAAGAUCGGCGUCUUCAAACACACCCCCAACAAUCACCUCGAGUUCAGCACCAAUAUCUCCAAGGUUCAGACGCCCAAGGGUGAGCUCUUCUCGCCGAAGAAGGUCAUGCUUCACAACGAGGAUCGGAACUUGAUCCUUCAAAAGGACUCCGACCCCAACAAUCUGUUCCGGAUGGACCUCGAGUACGGCAAGGUCAUUGACGAAUGGAAAGUCCACGAGGACAUCCCAGUCGUGACAUUCGCCCCGGAGAACAAGUUUGCACAGAUGACCCACGAGCCCACCUUCCUGGGCAUCAGCCAGAAUGCCCUCUACCGAGUUGAUCCACGCCUCAGCGGCAGCAAGCUUGUGGAUGCUCAGCUGAAGCAGUACGCCAGCAAGAACGACUUCAGCGCGCUCGCCACCACUGAGAAGGGCUACAUCGCAGUGGCCUCGAACAAGGGCGACAUCCGGCUCUUCGACAGACUCGGCAUCAACGCCAAGACGCAUAUCCCCGCCCUCGGCGAACCCAUCAUCGGGCUCGACGUCUCGGCUGACGGACGAUGGGUCUUGGCCACCUGUCGCACCUACCUCCUGCUCAUCGACGCGCAGCAGAAGUCGGGCAAGAACGAGGGCAAGCUCGGUUUCGAGAAGUCAUUCGCGGCUGACUCCAAGCCCCAGCCGCGCCGCCUGGGUCUGACGCCGGAGCACGUCGCCCAGUUCGCCUACGAGACAGGCAAGGGUGUCGGAUUCACGCCGGCCAAGUUCAACACGGGCACCGGGGCGGAGGAGACGAGCAUCAUCACGGCCACUGGCCCGUACAUCAUCGAGUGGAGUCUUAAGAAGGUCCUGGGCGGCAAGAAGGCGCCGUACAUGAUCAAGCGGUACACGGACGACGUCAAGGCCGACGACUUCAAGUACGGCUCGGACAAGAAUGUCAUUGUCGCCCUGCCCCACGAGGUCAACAUGGUCGACCGCGCGAGGCUGAAGCGGCCCACCCGCGAGAGCAUCGCCGGCGACUUUGGGCUCGCCGGCAGGCGGAGCUCGGCGCGCAUCGGCAACCGGGACAGCGGCCGGUACAAGCUCGGCAAGGACGAUGUCGUGAACUCGCCCUACUAGGCCCUAAGUGGGCACUUGCUUGCUUGCUUGUUUGUUUCUUAUCGCAGGCGUUAGGUUGGGGGGAAAGGGGGGGCGCGGUCCGAGUUAUACCCGAUACCGCAAUGGGGCCGGAGGCGAAGGAACCUGGUUUCGCAGGGGCACAUCAAACCCCUCGGACUAGAGGGUUUGGAGAGGGGGAUUUCCUAAUCAUGACUUUCUUCUUCUUCUUCUUCUUUUCUUCGGGGACGAACUCAGCUACGGCUGCUUUUGGUGACGGAUUUAUCUUCUUCUUGAGAACUGAGAACACGUCGUUGGCACGUUAAUGUAUGUUCUGGGUUUUAUGUGUUCGUGUCAUCGCCGAGAACCGCCGAAUCGAAGUCGGUAGGGCGUCGGAGAACGUAGGCAGUUAGUUAUUCUAGCUAGGUCGAGAGAUACCACAAGGCAGGGUGAUGGAGCCGUGGCAAUCCAUAUUAUUUCUUCCUGCA